CGAGAGCAGGCGUGUUCUUUGGAGGAUGAGCCUGGAUGGCAAGGUACAGACUUAGAAGACAUCGUACCACCACAACCAUCAUUCCGGCCCUCCCGGACACCUGGCCCACAACUCGUAACUGGUGCCUUUUACUCCGUUUUUGAUCUCUUCCAACAGUUUAUCACAAACAUCAUAAGCAACACAAACAAAUUCGGGAGACAGCGCCAUGGUGAGGAGUGGCACGACCUUACCAUAGAGGAUAUGUACAGCUACCUCUCUAUGGUCAUAUACAUGGGCCUUGUACGCGCUCCAGCCAUUACAGAUUAUUGGCGAAAAUCAAAAUUAUAUAGCCUUCCCUUCCCUGUGUCAAUGUCUGGUCGGAAAUUCACCACCAUAUCCACCAACAUCCACCUCAGCGACCCAGAAGAUGACCUUGUAAAUGACUCCAAAAGAGGCACCCCAGAAUUUGACCUUCUCCACAAAAUUAGGCCCAUGUAUGAUGAAAUUCGGGAGACGUGUAAGGCAAAUUUCAACCACAGCAACAUAUCGCCAUUGAUGAGCGAAUGGUAGCUUCACGAGCCAGAAUCAGCAUCAGACAAUACAUGAAGGACAAACCGACUAAGUGGGGGUAUAAGCUGUUUGUCCUUGCAGAUUCCCAGUGUGGGUACACCUGGGACUUCUUUGUGUAUGAGGGCAAGAUGCAGGUGGGAACUGGGAGAGGACUGAGCUAUGACUCCGUCAUGGAGCUUGUAUCGUCUGCACACCUGGGAUCUGGCUACAAGAUGUCGACAACUUCUAUACCAGCCCAGCACUCUUUCAGGACCUCCUCAAAAAGCGUAUCUGGGCUUGUGGGACCAUCCGAGAACAAUGCGUGGGAUAUCCCAAAGCCAGGCCUGGUGGCAUAAACAAGGAUGACCCUAGAGGCACCAUCCGCUGGAUACGAGAAGGGCCCAUAGUAUAUGUCCAGUGGAAGGACACCCGGCAGGUCCAGAUGUGCUCCACAUUCCACCAGGCUCACGCUGGCGAGACAACACAGCGUAGAGUAAAGGAUGGCGGGACCUGGAGUGUUCGAGCUAUCCCUGUUCCGCCAGCUGUUAAGGAUUACAACAGGAACAUGGGAGGCGUGGACCUUUCUGACGCCCUUAUUGGGUAUUACUCAAUCCUGCAUAAGACCAGGCGCUGGUACAGGUCUUUUUUUUACCACUUCUUAGACAUAGCCAUAGUUAAUGGCUACAUUCUCAACAAGGAGAUUUCAAAAGCCAGAAGAGAGAGGCCCAUGUCCCAGAAGGCCUUCCGGGAGAACCUGGUGCAGCAGCUCCAGGAAGCUGGGUCCUUCCGCAGCACAACCCCCACACCUCAACCACAUCCUGGACCCUCCGGUGUUCCACGUGUCCACUUGCCCACGUUCCUUGGCCCUGACGGAACUCAAGGUCGGCGGAGAUGUAAGCUCUGCAACCAAAAGAGCCCGAUUGCCUGCAGCUCCUGUGAGGUAGUCCUUUGCAUGGUGCCCACAAGGAACUGCUACAGUAAGUGGCACGAACAAACCCAGCCAUGAAUGUGUGUGUGUUUGUGAAAGUGAGGGAGGGGGGGAUCAUGUACAUAGUUAUUUAUUGUUCUACUGUAUGUACAUAGUUAUUUAUUGUUCUACUGUAUAUACAUAGUUAAUAGAACAAGUAUGGACUCAG